AUGCACUACAGUACCAAUUACAGAGUGGAGUUAAUACACAAUCUAUGCAAAGCAAUAAAGAAUCAGCGAUUCCUGAUGAUGCACAAUUCAGAUUGCUAUUUCCCUGUGAAAAUCUGAACAACCCAAGUAUGCGUGAAGAGCACAUAAGACUUCAAACAUUCACAAACAAUCCUGAAUUCAGAAGAAAUACUAGAUUGACAGCAAGCGAUAGAACAUUGGCCCAGGCUGGAUUGUACUAUUUGGGCGAUGGGGACAAAUGCAAAUGCUGGUUCUGUGGGGGAGGUUUAAUGAAUUUUGAAGAAGGAGACGACCCUUGGUUUGAGCAUGCGAAAUUUUAUCCUGAUGAAGCAUUGAAUGAAGCUUUAGUUGGCAAACAGCGAGCCGCAGAUGAGGCCGAUGGUUUAGAAGAAGCUGUAGGCGGAGCAGAGAAUGCGAUACACAUGGAUGGUCGGAUGCUACGCUUCAUUGGGCCCUGUUCACCAAUUAACAACUCGAGUCAUUCUACCGCACACACAUCAAACCCACAGAGGAUGAUGAUCAAUGGACAAUCAUUUGAUGAAAUCAUGACAAAUGAUUUUGACCAAUCAUUCCUCCGAGGUGAGAUGAACCAUUUGAGGAAUAACUUACCGACAGUGCAUAUCCCGCGAUCUGGUGGACCACACACACAUGAGCCCUUCAAUAACAUAAAAAGGCCUGCAUCAAAACGACCACCUCUGCCUGAGACAACAGUUGGAGAAAGAAUCGGUUCUGUUCAUGGAGAAUCUUUUAGAAAUCAAGAUUCACAUGGUGGUCUUUUCCACGAGUUUAUGGAUUCUGACAGUUCAGAUUCAGAAUCUAGUACAUCCAAUUCAAGCGGUUAUUGUUCCUCAGAAGAAUCUUCCAAAACAAUGAGUAACUCAAAGUACAGGCGGCAAGAGCUUAAAAAUGAAGAGAUAACCAAUCAUAUGAACUGUUCUGCUACGCCUACUAAUUCGUUGCCUACUGCACAAGAAGCGACUACAACAACAAAGGCGUCUGCAGAAGAGAGACUAAAAGAGCUAGAAAGAGAGAGGAGAUGCAAGAUAUGUCUGACAGAGGAAGCCGUAAUAUUAUUUCAACCAUGCGGCCAUAUCUGCGCUUGUGUUGGUUGCGCUGAGAGAGUUAAAUUCUGUCCUGUGUGUAGGAAAGCAAUCGAUAAAUCGUUUCGAACCUUCCGCGCCUGAUUGAAUAUGCCGAAUGUAUUCCGAGUUCUUCAAUGGACAUGAUUAUUUUUCGAAAAAUAUCAUGUUAAUACAUGGUUGAGUAUAAAAAUCGUUUCAAAACACUAUUGAAGUAUGGUCCCUAGUCCCUAAAUAUAUUUUGUUGAUGCAUAAAUAUUCAAUGAAAUAUGGUCCCCAGCGAGAAUGCCCCAACCUUAUCGAAUACCAUUGAAAUUGGUUAUAUUUUCUUGAUGCAUAAAUAUUCAAUGAAAUAUGGUCCCCAGCGAGAGUGCCCCAACCUUAUCGAAUAUUAUUGAAAUUUGUUAUAUUUUCUUGAUGCAUAAAUAUUCAAUGAAAUAUGGUCCCCAGCGAGAAUGCCCCAACCUUAUCGAAUACCAUUGAAAUUUGUUAUUUUCUUGAUGCAUAAAUAUUCAAUGAAAUAUGGUCCCCAGCGAGAAUGCGCCAACCUUAUGGAAUACCAUUGAAAUUUGAUAUAUUUUGUUGAUGCAUAAAUAUUCAAUGAAAAAUGGUCCCCAGCAAGAAUGCCCCAACCUUAUCGAAUACCAUUGAAAUUUGUUAUAUUUUCUAGAUGCAUAAAUAUUCAAUGAAAUAUGGUCCCCAGCAAGAAUGCCUCAACCUUAUUGAAUACCAUUGAAAUUUGUUAUUUUCUAGAUGCAUAAAUAUUCAAUGAAAUAUGAUCCCCAGCGAGAAUGUCCCAACCUUAUCGAAUACCAUUGAAAUUUGUUAUAUUUUCUAGAUGCAUAAAUAUUCAAUGAAAUAUGGUCCCCAGUGAGAAUGCCCCAACCUUAUCGAAUACCAUUGAAAUUUGUUAUAUUUUGUUGAUGCAUAAAUAUUCAAUGAAAAAUGGUCGCCAGCGAGAAUGCCUCAACCUUAUCGCAUACCAUUGAAAUUUGUUAUAUUUUAUAGAUGCAUAAUUAUUCAAUGAAAUAUGGUCCCCAGCGACAAUGCCUCAACCUUAUCGAGUACCAUUGAAAUUUGAUAUAUUUUGUUGAUGCAUAAAUAUUCAAUGAAAUAUGGUCCCUAGCGAGUGUCCCAAUCUUAUCGAAUACCAUUGAAAUUUGUUAUUUUCUUGAUGCAUAAAUAUUCAAUGAAAUAUGGCUCCAGCGAGAACCAUUGAAAUUUGAUAUACUUUGUUGAUGCAUAAAUAUUCAAUGAAAUAUGGUCCCUAGUGAGUGUCCCAACCUUAUUGAAUACCAUUGAAAUUUGGUAUUCUCUUGAUGCAUAAAUAUUCAAUGAAAUAUGGUCCCCAGCGAGAGUGUCCCAACCUUAUCGAAUACCAUUGAAAUUAGUUAUUUUCUAGAUGCAUAAAUAUUCAAUGAAAUAUGGUCCCCAGCGAGAGUGCCCCAACCUUAUCGAAUACCAUUGAAAUUAGUUAUUUUCUUGAUGCAUAAAUAUUCAAUGAAAUAUGGUCCCCAGCGAGAGUGUCCCAACAUCAUCGAAUGCCAUUGAAAUUUGCUAAAUUUUCUUAAUGACGUAAAUAUUCAAUAAAUGUUAUUUUCAAUGCUAUUCAGUGGUUUCAAUCUUUAUUGUUGUUCUAAUCAAUUGUUCUUUCAAUCAAAUUAAGUUUUUUCAAAGGGCAAUUUAUUACCCUAAGUGAACCAUGUUCUAUUGCUCAUUCAUCAGUCCAUGUCGGGUAUGAAUCUCCCAUGGGAUAAAUAUGGAAAAUCAUUGAAAAAUCCUAGAAAUUGAUGAAUAUGUGUGCGGUAUCGAAUUUGUCUAGGCCAUUGAUUCUCAACCUUUUUUCUUUCGUGACCAACUUUCAUUGCCCAAAAAAUUCUGUGGCCGAUUAACUUUCUCACACAAUGGAAAAACUACACUCAAAACAAAAACAUAUUCAUUUUUGCAAAUAGGGAAUGGAAAAUACCAUUUAAUUGCAAAAAUAGUAGUAUCAUUCAUUUCUGAUACAGAAAAAUUACCUGAUUUUUGUGGCCCACCAGUUGAGAACUAGUGGUCUAGGUAGUAUUUGUUAAAACUGUGACCCAAUGAAUGACAAAGUGAAUUGCAAUUUAAUGACUAUGAUAAUUUCUUUAUCAAAUUUGGGAAGACGGAUUCAAUAGAAUAUUGUUAUUCAAGGAUACUUUAACAUUUCAAAGUGUGUUUAUAUUGCUUUUACU